AGGUCUUAUUCUCAUCCUAAUCUUAGUUAUUGUGUACAUUACAUACACUAGGGCAAGAGCAGCAUCCUUGCUAGCUCACUCUCUUCUCCAAUGGCCAUCUUUCGUGUUAAUCACAUCCAUUCAAUUUCAUCAAUUUCUCCCAUGAAAACCAAUUCCCCCAAUUUCUUUCCUCAACUACAAAACCCCAAUUCUUCAUUUAACUGUAGAAUCAGAUAUUUAUCUCCAAUUUCUGCUCCUCCACAAAUCCCGCUCUGUGUCUCUUCCCUUACCACAACACUUAAGAGUACAGCGACAUCUUCCACCCUCCAAGAAAUCUGUAAAGGUCAUGUCCCUGAACAUAUACUUCAAAGGGCAGGGGAGAUUGGAUUUGUUGAACCAACAGAUGUACAAAAGGAAUCUUUACCAUUUUUAUUCUCCGGACGCGAUUGUAUACUUCACGCUCAGACAGGUUCUGGGAAGACCCUCGCAUAUCUACUGUUGAUAUUUUCUGUCAUAAGUGUUCAAAAAUCUGCUGUUCAGGCGCUAAUUGUGGUACCAACUAGGGAACUUGGCAUUCAAGUGACAAAAGUUGCUAGGAUGUUAGCAGCAAAUCCUUCAGGCCUUGAAUCAGAGGGUAGGAAGUAUACUGUUAUGGCUCUUUUAGAUGGAGGGAUGUUGAAAAGACAUAAGAGUUGGCUAAAGGCAGAGCCUCCUACAAUUAUAGUUGCAACCAUGGGCAGCUUGUGCCUAAUGCUUGAGAAGCAGGUUUUCAGUCUUGAAGCUUUGCGAGUAUUGGUAGUCGAUGAGGUUGAUUUUAUGUUCAAUUCAUCAAAACAAAUCCAUUCAGUUAAGAAGCUUUUGACAUUAUACUCAAAAUUCAGUAGUCGUCAAACUGUUUUCGCUAGUGCAUCAAUUCCCCAGCACAAUCGUUUCGUCUCCGAUUGCAUACAGCAGAAGUGGACCAAGCGAGAUGUGGUUCAUGUCCAUGUCAAUGCGGUUGAACCCAUGCCUUCUUGCUUGCAUCACAGGGUUGUGAUAUGCUCUAAGAAUGAAAGGCUGCAAGUCUUGUUAACCUUACUACGGAAAGAUGGACCAAAAUGUGCAAUAAUCUUUGCCAGUGAGCAGUCUGAGAAAUCAAAGAAAGCUGGAAAUGCUCCAUCAACUACUAGUCUCGUCGAUUUUUUGAUAGCUUCUUAUGGUAAUGAUGGUUCAGAGAUUUCACUUCUAGAAGAGGACAUGAAUUUCAAUGCAAGAGCAGCUGCACUAUCAGAAUUGAGGCAACGUGGAAACUGCCUGUUGGUGGCGACAGAUAUAGCAGCAAGAGGGGUUGACUUGCCAGAGACGACCCAUAUUUACAAUUUUGAUCUGCCAGGAUCUGCAGUAGAUUAUCUUCACCGUGCGGGAAGAGCAGGUAGGAAACCAUUCUCGACAGAGAGAUGUACUGUUACCAACAUUGUUGUAUCUGUAGAGCGGUUUGUGUUGCAGAGAUUUGAAAAUGAGCUUAAGUUUCAAUGUGAAGAACUUUCUUUGUCGACUACAUAACCUUAUCAAUAUCAUUUAGUUGAAAUGUUUAUUUGUUG